AAUGGGUUUAGGUGGGGGAUAAUAAGAUUUUAAAUGGGUUCGGAUACGGGUAGGGCAAAAUUUGCGGGUACCUUACCGUAGCCAUGCCCAAGGCUGUGGCUUGAAUGCUCGGCUGCGCUCCGCCUCCAGAGUCCUCAGAGGUCACCCAUGGCGGAGAUAUCGCCUGCUCCACCUUCUCUCUCCGAAAAGAAGAAGAAGGCGAAGCGUGCUAAGAAAGAAGAUCCUCUCCAAGCCGCCGACUCCCGCCGCCUCGAUUCACUCCGCUGGAACGACUCCCUCCCCAACGAUGACCCCUUUUUCCUCCUCGCCGGCAGCAACGAAGGAGGAUUUCUUUCGUUGGAAGAGAUCGACGAGUCGGAAUACGGGUUUGUAGGCGGAGUUCCGGAGCCGCUGGGGGUAGAGAAGAAGCCCGAGGGGAAGAAGAGGAAGCGGGGAAGCGGAGAUGGGAAUUCGGGGGACGGUGGAUCCUGUAUUGUCCAGGCCGAGGACGGAGAGAAGAGGGGCACGAAGAAACAGAAGAAGAAGAAG